GCGCGUGACAUCUUGAGGCGCCACCAUUCGGCCCAGAAGAUGAACAGACACUGGACAUGCAGCCGCUGCAAGAAGAGCGCGCCCAACCACAAGUGGUUCUGCUCAUGUGGAAGCAAGUGGGGAGACAAAGCGCCCAAGCCUCGCUCCAAGGGUCGCUUCAAGGACACGCCCCCCAACACGCAACAGACGUCGAGGGCUCAGCAGUUGGAGUUCGGGCGGAUCACUGGCAAGAUACUUCAGGCCACGCCAGAGGCCGCGUACAGUCAUCCGAAGUAUUUGCAACCGCCAGACUCGCCAGACCUUCAGCCGAUGUUCAGGGCCGAGAUGAAGAACAACAUCACAUCCCUCGCGGCGCUCAUCAAGGCCAGUCGAUAUGCGGGCAAGGAAAACCCCUACGCCGCCGAGGAGAUCGCCGUAUACAAGUUCAUGGUCUCCCAGAUGGAGCCCUUGGACAAGCAGAUAGCCGACGUCAGAAUCAGGAUGGAGAAGGAGGCGGCCCGCGCAGCCGAGGUGCAGAAGAAGAUCACACAGCUGCGCGACGAGGCCGACUCGCUCAUGUACGACGCCGAACCGCUCAAGCAGACGCUCGAACAGUUCACCCACGAGAAGGCAGCCGAGAAGGACUCUGGCAUGGGAGACGCAACAGCAGUGCCCAUAGGCGCACGCCGACCCGUCGCCACGCCUCCCUGCUCUGCCUCGUCCUCGUCUGCACCUAUGCAGCCUGUCCUCUCCGCCGUCCAGAACAUCCAGCAGCGCCAGCGCACGCAGGACGACAUGAUCAAGCAGAUGCUCGACCACAUGGCGUACAACAGCUCGAUGCUCGCAGCCUUGCAGAAGCUGUACCAGCAGACUCCUCAGGGCAAGGGCAAGCGCUCCGACGCGGGCAACCCAUACCCGAUGGAGACCCCGCCGCUCACGGCGGCCCUGGUGGCGAUGCUCGCCCCGACGCAGGAGAUGAAGCAUCCCGAGGUGGAGCGCGUCCCAGGCCCGACGGGCACCCAUCCUGGAGCUCCUUCACUGCAGACGGUGGAAGCCAUGGCGGCAGCAUACGUGGCGCUGGCCAAGCAGCACCCCGAGCUGAUCCCGUCGUCCCCGACA